AUGGGAAGGAGGCGGUUGAUGUCUUCUUAUGAUGACACCACACCACAUGCGACUAGGUGGCAGAGCCUUCGGCAGAGUUCGACUCUUACAGAAAUUCGGUUGCAGUUGGAUGGCCUGACAUAUGGUGGAGUUGUGUGGCAUCCAUACGAGGGACAUCGGGGCAUUCGUCCAUUAUUUGGAAUUUGUAUGUAUUCUGGAUGGAUUCGGAUUGGUGACACCCUUUCCCGUCAUUUGGCUGAGCGUGUGAUGAGGCAGUUUAGAUUUUACCAGGAGAUUCCACGACCACCCACUAUCGUUGCAGAUGCAGAUGUAGUCGCUGUUGAUUUUGCGUGGUUGCACUUCACAGAUCACGUUAUUAGGAAUGUGAGACAGGCAUCAUACCCUUCUGAAUGUGUCGAUGGAUACGUACAGUGGUUUAGGAGGGUUUCACAUCCCUAUAUUAUUACUGCUCCAGCUGACGCGAGACCGGCUCUUGUGCCUACACAGCGCCCCGAUGUUCCACAGGAGGCACGACGUCAUCGUAGAUCCUCUCCACCUUCACCAUCUGGCGCCUUAGCUAGGUUUAGGCGAAUGACGAUAAAGUUACAGUCGUUGAUAUCGUGUCGUCAUGUGACCGAAGGUACAGUUGCACAUCAGAUGGCGGUGGAAUUGCUUCAAGAAGCUAAUGAUGACAUUGACGAAUAUUCCCCGACUAGGAGAGGACAAAGGCAUAUAUAG